CCGCCCUCCUGUCGGGCCGGGGGAGACGGGCGGCCGAUAAAAGGCGGAGGGCACAGAGCUGUCACCAGCUGCCUGUUGCCACGCCGACGCCAUGGCGGGUUCCGUGGCCUGGACGGGAUUGCUGGCCCUGCUGCUCCUCCCAUUCGGCGCCCCCGAGAAGCUGGUCUGCUACUUCACCAACUGGGCCCAGUACCGACAGGGCGCCGCUCGCUUCCUGCCCUCGGACGUGGACCCCGGCCUGUGCACCCACCUGGUCUACGCCUUCGCGGGCAUGGAGGGGCACCAGCUCAGCCCCGUCGAGUGGAACGACGAGCAGCUGUACCGCGACUUCAACGGCCUGAAGCAGAGGAACCCCCAGCUGAAGACGCUGCUGGCCGUGGGGGGCUGGAACUUCGGCACCCAGAAGUUCACGGACAUGGUGGCCACAGCCCAGAACCGCCAGACCUUCGUCACCUCGGCCAUCGCGUUCCUGCGCAAACACGACUUCGAUGGCCUCGACCUCGACUGGGAGUACCCGGGCGGCCGGGGGAGCCCCGCCGCCGACAAGCCGCGCUUCACCCUCCUGGUGCAGGAGCUGGCGGCCGCCUUCCAGCGGGAGGCCGAGGCCUCGGGGAAGGAGCGCCUCCUGCUGAGCGCGGCCGUCCCCGCCGGGUCCCAGGCCAUCGCUGCCGGGUACGAGGUGGACAGAAUCGCUCGGAGCCUGGACUUCAUCAGCCUCAUGGCCUACGACCUGCACGGGUCCUGGGAGCAGACCACGGGCCAUCACAGCGCCCUCUACCCGAGGCAGGGGGAGCGCGGGGCGGCGGCUGAACUCAACGUGGACCACGCGGUGCAGCAGUGGCUGCAGAAGGGGACCCCGGCCGGCAAGCUGGUCCUCGGCGUGCCCACCUACGGGCGGACCUUCACCCUGGCCUCCCCGGCAGACACCGGGGUGGGGGCCCCGGCCACAGGGCCUGGCACCCCCGGCCCCUUCACCAAGGAGGCAGGGCUGCUGGCCUACUACGAGGUGUGCGCCUGGCAGGGGGCUGCCCAGCACCGGAUCCCGGAGCAGGCGGUGCCCUACGCCUCCCGCGGCGACCAGUGGGUGGGCUUUGACGAUGCCGAGAGCCUCAAAGCCAAGGUCGGCUACCUGAAGCGGAGGGGCCUGGGCGGGGCCAUGGUCUGGGCGAUGGACAUGGACGACUUCGGGGGCUCCUUCUGCAACCAGGGCCGGUACCCCCUCCUCAGGACCCUGCGGACGGAGCUGCGUCUCCCACACGCGCCUUCGGAGCGCCCCCAGCCUGAGACUCCCGCAACGGCCCCGCCCUCUGAGCCCGAGGGUGGCCCCGGCCCCGGCCCCUCCUGCCAGGGCCAGGCCGACGGGCUCUACCCGCACCCCCAGGACCCGUCCAGCUUCUACAGCUGCGCGGGCGGCCGGCUCUUCCUGCAGCGCUGCCCGCAGGGCCUGGUGUUCAGCGCCGCCUGCCGGUGCUGCACCUGGGCUUGAGCCCCGGCCCGGCCGAGCCCCCCCCGCCCCCCAGCUCGCGGGCCAAGCCUGGCCUCUCAGCCUCUCCGUGGUCUUUGGAGCCGAUCUCCUGCUCUCGGCCCGGUUCUCGGCUCUGCUCCUCCGCUGCCGCUUUUACUGCAGAAUAAACCCGGUUGCACCCGC